AUGAUAUUCGACAAGCAGCAUAUCAGACACUGCAUUCUGUUGGUUUUCCAACUGGAGAAAAAUGCUGCUCGGGCUGGAAAAAUGAUUUGCUCCGUUUUAGGGGAAAGUGCUGCGACGCAUAAAAUCUGUGUACAAAAGAAAACAGGCUUUUUAGAUUUGCUGUUAGACGAGAACGAAAAACCUGACAAUCCCUUAAGUGAUGAUCAAUUGCAAGCACAGGUUCAUACAAUUUUGCUUGCAGUCGUCGUCGUCGAUGUGGUGCAACGAAAAAAAAGUUCUUACAUUCUUCCGCAAAAUGUUGAAGUUGUGUUGCCAAUUAUAACACUUCAUCGAAAUCCAGAACUUUGGUCGAAACCAGCAAAGGUUGAUCCGGAUCGGUUCCUUCCAGAAAAGUCAAGAGACAGAAGUCCUUAUGCCUAUAUUCCAUUCAGUGGUGGGCCAAGAAACUGCAUUGGUCAGAAAUUUGCUUUACUUUCAAUGAAAACCAUAUUAACGGCGAUUUUCAGAAAGUGGAGGGUGAAAAGUGUAAAAACUUCGGACAUGAUUCAUUUCCACUUCUCGAUAACUUAUCGACCAACCGAAGUUUUCCUUUAUUUUAUUCCGAAAAAAUAACUAACUAGCGAAUAUUAUUAUGUCUUGCACAGUGUGGAUUUAUUUCUGAAAUUGAUUGCAAUAUGUUAU